ACUUCACUGAUCUUCACACUUCUGCUGGAUUCAGAGUAAAAACUUGUGUGUUGAUGUUUUAUUUGUUUGUUAGUUGUAGUUAGUUUGUGUGUUUUUGUUUGUUGUUGCAGCCACAAAAAUAUUUAAUGUCAAAAUUUGGAGGAAAAAGUCAGAAAUUCUGUCAAAAGUCAAAUCCGAGAAAGUAAAAUGUUUUUAAUUCUGACUCUAGAAUAUGUUUAUUAUAAAUGUAAUUUAAGUGAUGAUGAUGAUGAUGAUGAUGAUGAUAUAUUUAAUGAUACAUCAUUUUUGUCAGAGAUCAUUUCUGCCUCGCUGAAAAUGUAUUUUAAAGUCUCGUUAAAGUCGACGUUCUGACUUGUGAUCUUAAAGCUUGAAUGAUGAUUGAUGAGUCGUCGUCUGUCUGUGUUGAAGAUGUUCUGCUUUUUUAAUUAGAAGUUUUUAAUACUUUGUUUAUUAAGACUUUUAUCAAAAUCUUAUACAAAAGUACAAUUUCAAAGGUCUCAUUCUGUAAACAGAAACAAAUACAAAAACAUACAAUAAAGAGAACUAAUACAAAAGAAAAGUAGGAAGUAGAAGGAGGUUGUAGACUCGUCUGGUGGUUUUAUUCUCACUGAGCAGCUUGUCUGAAGCAGGAAGGUUCCAUGUUUUAUUAAAGGUCUUUAGAGCUUCUUAAGGAAUACUUCAUUUUCUCUCAUUUCAAGAAAUACAGUACAUCUGGUAUCCAGUGUUCAUCAUCCCGUCCGACGGUGACACAGUCGGUCUGCCUGUGAUAGUAUGAGAGUGUCUGCAGAGCAGCAGAGACGCCGUAGCUGUAAACAGGAGCAAAGUGCUUCUAGUCAACCACAGAACAUACAGUACAGGCAUGACAACGCCUGUGAGCUGGGCUAACAUCUGGGCUAACACCUGGGCCAACAUGCUAACACCUGGGCCAACAUGCUAACAUCUGGGCUAACAUGUUAACAUCUGGGCCAACAUGCUAACAUCUGGGCCAACAUGUUAACAUCUGGGCUAACAUGCUAACAUCUGGGCCAACAUGCUAACAUCUGGGCCAACAUCUGGGCUAACAUGUUAACAUCUGGGCUAACAUGCUAGCAUCUGGGCUAACCUGCUAACAUCUGGGCCAACAUGCUAAUAUCUGGACUAACAUCUGGGCCAACAUGCUAACAUCUGGGCUAACAUGCUAAUAUCUGGACUAACAUCUGGGCUAACCUGCUAACAUCUGGGCCAACAUGCUAAAAUCUGGGCUAACAUACUAACAUCUGGGCUAAAAUCCUAAAAUCUGGGCCAACAUGCUAAAAUCUGGGCUAACAUACUAACAUCUGGGCUAAUAUGCUAACAUCUGGGCCAACAUGCUAACAUCUGGGCCAACAUGCUAACCUCUGGGCCAACAUGCUAACAUCUGGGCCAACAUGCUAACAUCUGGGCUAACAUCUGGGCUAACAUGCUGACAUCUGGGCCAACAUCCUAACAUCUAGGCCAACAUGCUAACAUCUGGGCCAACAUGCUAACCUCUGGGCCAACAUGCUAACAUCUGGGCUAACAUGCUAACAUCUGGGCCAACAUCUGGGCUAACAUGCUGACAUCUGGGCUAACAUGCUAACCUCUGGGCCAACAUGCUAACAUCUGGGCUAACAUCCUAACAUCUGGGCCAACAUGCUAACAUCUGGGCUAACAUCCUAACAUCUAGGCCAACAUGCUAACAUCUGGGCUAACAUCCUAACAUCUGGGCCAACAUGCUAACAUCUGGGCCAACAUGCUAACCUCUGGGCCAACAUGCUAACAUCUGGGCUAACAUCCUAACAUCUGGGCCAACAUGCUAACAUCUGGGCUAACAUCCUAACAUCUGGGCCAACAUGCUAACAUCUGGGCUAACAUCCUAACAUCUAGGCUAACAUGCUAACAUCUGGGCAGUGUUUUGACAUGUCUAGUUUUGUAUAGUUCUGCAUUAAACCAUAACUGGCACAAACUGAAGAGGUAUGAACUCUUUUUAAGAUGGGCAGCCACAGUUCACACAGACCCUCCGGAGUCUGAUAUUGUAAACGUUAGUCGACACUCUGUCUGAGCAUCACAUGGAAAUAACUGGGCAGCGUUUUAUGUGCAAAGUGUCAGACUCGUAAAUAACUUAAGAAAUUACUUUUAGACAGAUUGAAUUUAGCACAAAGUUGUUCAAAUGAGGAAAAGACACCACUGAGUAGCGAUCAUUAAUCAUUUUAAUGACAGUCUAUCAUGUCACGUCAUCUAUCAGUUAGCAAGUAAAGAAGGUUUGAUUGGUUUGGAGAGUUUAAGGAGAAGGACAACGAUCCAAAAUGGCGUCAUAUCAGUGUCCAGAUUCUCAUGGUCAAGCUGCUGCGGAUGUAGAGACGGAGGAGUAAACUAAAUAAACACCAGGGGUCGUAUUCAUAAAGCUUCCUGGUACAAAGAGAUGCUCCUACUGACAAAAUUCUAAUAAAAUUCUCAGAAUUGUGAUGUUCUCUAAGAAUUUCCCUCACAGUUAAGACCAGAUCCUGGUGAAGAUAAACGUUCUCCACGAAGCUUCUGCUCAGCUGAGAAACUGUAGGAGGACUUUUAACAGGUUCAAGAGUCUCUUAAGAGGAGAAAAUGACGGUGUUCCUAAUAUUUUGCCCCUUCAUGUAUGUUAAUGGAGUGGACAAAAUAUUGGGAACACCAUUCAGUAUAAUGCACCAGUACAGCAGCAGCUCUACGUUAAUAAAGCAGAAUUAUCACCUUUCUGCUUCGUUACAGCAGAAUGAACAGCGGAGCUGUUGUGUUUGAUGACAGCAAAGAAACAAACGUACUUGUGUUUGUGUUCAUAUGUUUGUGUGAUUUCACGUCUCCAGGAUGAAGCCUUCUGAUUGGCUGUUGGCUCUGGCAUUCCUGCCACUCGUCUCUCUCGCCACCCGGCCGGACAUCUGCAGCGCCAAACCCAAAGACCUUCCUCUGGAGCCGUACUGCAUCUACCGCAGCCCUGACCCCGAGGGCCCUGAGGACCUGAUGCCGGAGCCUGAGAAGGUCCCCGAGUCCACCAACCCCCGAGUGUGGGAGCUGUCUAAGGCCAACAGCCGCUUUGCCCUGUCGCUCUACAAACAGCUGGCCCUCAGCAAGACCCCCGAGGCCAACAUCUUCAUGUCCCCCAUCAGCAUCUCCACCGCCUUCGCCAUGACCAAGCUGGGCGCCUGCCACCAGACGCUGCAGCAGAUCAUGAAGGUGUUCGAGUUCGACACCAUCAAGGAGAAGACGUCGGAUCAGGUCCACUUCUUCUUUGCCAAACUGAACUGUCGUCUGUACAGGAAGAAGGACGAAACCACCGAGCUGAUCUCUGCCAACCGGCUGUUUGGAGAGAAAUCUCUGGUGUUCAACGAGACGUACCAGAACAUCAGCGAGAUGGUUUAUGGAGCCAAGCUGCUGCCGCUCAACUUCAAGGAGAACCCGGAGGAGGCCCGGGUCACCAUCAACAACUGGAUCUCCAACAAGACGGAGAAUCGGAUCCAGGACACGCUGCCGGUGGGGGUGCUGGACUCCACGACGGUCCUGGUCCUGGUCAACACCAUCUACUUCAAGGGUCAGUGGAAGCACAAGUUCGACAAAGAAAGUGUCUUCACGACGGACUUCCAUGUCAGCGCGGCUCGGAGCUGCUCCGUCAACAUGAUGUACCAGGAGACCUUGUUCAAGUACAAGCACUUCCCCGAAGACAAGGUGCAGCUGCUGGAGAUGCCGUACCGCGGAGACGACAUCACCAUGGUGAUCAUCCUGCCGAGCAGCGACACCACAAUCAGACAGGUGGAGGAGAGUCUGGACCUGAAGAAACUGACCGGCUGGUUGGAUCAGAUGAAGAUGACGACCGUCUCCGUCCACGUCCCUCGCUUCCAGAUAGAGGACAGUUUCAGUCUGAAGGACAAGCUGCAGAGCAUGGGACUAACCGACCUGUUCAGCCCCCAGACCGCCAGUCUGCCAGGGAUGCUGGAGGAUGACAGUAACGGUCUCUUCAUCUCGGACGCCUUCCAUAAAGCUUUCCUGCAGGUGAACGAGGACGGCAGCGAGGCGGCGGCGGCCACCACCGUCGUGGCGCUCGGUCGUUCCAUCAACAUGAACCGGGAGGUUUUUCUGGCCAAUCGGCCGUUCCUGCUGCUCAUCAGAGAGUCGACCAUCAACACGCUGCUGUUCAUUGGCCGAGUGGCCGACCCCUGCGACCAAUAGAAACUGCCCGCUGUCAGCCGAGUCAGAAAUCAUCAAAAUACUAAAAAUCAACAUUUUAAUUUAACCCAGAACUGUGAACAUUGUGUGAACGUUGUGUGAAUAUUGUGUGAACGUUGUGUGAACGCUGUCAGUAACACUUCAGAGAUAGAUCCGAGAUAAACGUUUGUAUGUUUUCUGUGAUGUCAGAAUAAGAGUUUACGUGAAGAUCCGACAGACUCAGCAUGAAGCUGCUGUCUGCUGGACCAACACGUUCACGCCUGUUUGUGUCUGAAACUUCACUAAAAGUGCAGAUUUAUUUCCCCUGUGAGACGAUCAGCUGAUGGUGAUUCAACUGAGCUGCGGUUUGUUCUCCUCAUGUAUCGUACGGAUUCAGUCACACAGGAAACAUCGUGUUUAUGAACCCGCCAUGUUUGAAAACCAGGAAGGUCUUUUUGUGCAUUUUCACACCUUCUUAUCCCUCAGUGUGAACGCAGCAGUCACACUGAUGGUGAUGAUGCGUUUUCACACCAGAGAAGGUUUGAAAACACCAUAAAAACACUUGAUGUUGUUCUGAAAGUAUCUUCAGAAUCAUCAGCGUCUCUCUGAACCAUCUGGAGGAGAAACCUUCUGUCUGCUGAACGAUAACAAAGAUUUUAACCAGUUUCACAAGUCGUGACUCUGUUUCUGAAUCAACAGCUGACAGGAAACGUGUUAAAAAUCUUUUUUGUCAUUUUCUCAUCCAGAUGGUUUGAAGAGUCUUUGAGGAAACAUCUUCUGAACAACAGGAAGUGUUUGAAAAGACCUUCUUGAUGCUGGUUCAUAGUCUCAGUGAUACAUGACUUUCUGUCUGUUAGUCGGUUACGCAGCGUCACACUCAGCGUUCGCUGUGCAGGUGCAUUGUGGGUGAUGAGUGCUGUAAAGAAAGAGGCGAGUCGCUGCCGUCGACACUUAAAGUGCUUUAUUUCCUUUGAAGGAGAUGCGACCUGUGAGUGAUCUAGUGGUCAUAGUGAAAGAAGCUUCUUCACAUUUUUCUAUACUAAUCAACCUUUGGCCUCACACCCCCCCCCCCGCCCCCCCCC